AUGGCUUCUCGAGCCCUCGCCGCGCUGUCCAUCCAGCCGCGCCUCGGCGGGGGCGCGUCGGCGCUCGGACGGCCCGCCGUCCGCGUCCGCGCCAGGCCGCCGCGGCGGCGCCGGCCCAUGGUGGUGCGGGCGGGCGGGCCGCCGAGCACCAACGUGCUCAUCCUCGCCUUCGUGCUCCCGCUCUCGCUCUUCGUCGGCACCCUCGUCGCCGCCGCCCGCGUCGCCGACGACCUCGACGAGCGGUUCCUCCGGGAGAUGGAGAUCAACAAGGCGAUACUGGAGGAGAACGAGGCUUCCUCCGAGGAGGCGGCAGACGGCGGCGGAGAGUACGUCGUCAACGGAGACGAGGCCGCGUUGCCGGCGGCGGAGAAGGAGCAGGUCCUUGUCACAGCUACUGGCACUGGCACGCGCGCCAGGAACAGGCCGAAAAGGGAAGUGUAUUAG